GCGUGAGUGAAUCUCUAGACUGCUAGCUUCAGCAGAUCUCCGUUAACUGUUUUCGAGAAUAUAGACACGCUUGGUAUGACGAGAGUAGAGGGACGAUAGGAUAUACGAGAUGUUCCUAACGAACGGCCCCACGGGGGGCAACGCGGUUGGCUUGGGCAAUGGGCAGGGGACGGGAAGCAACGAGAAUCCGUUCACGAACGCGGUGCAGAACGGGGGAAACUGGGACGGGUAUCACGGAGGCGGCAGCAACGGCGCGACGGGAGGUCGCGGGAACGGAUGCUACAACUGCGGGAAGCCCAGGCAUAUUGCCCGGGACUGUUGGGCGCGGAAGGCGCGGGGUGACACGAAUCCACAAGGGGAUCCCGAAUUGGAGGAGAUCAAGAAGCACUUUCGAGUGAUGCGGAAGGAGAGAUUGGAGCUGGAAGAGAAGCGCAGGCUGGAAGAUGAGAAAAGGGCGAAGGAGGAGGAAGAACUUAGGCGGAACCUAGACUUUGCCCAUAAAGCUGAGGAAUUCAAACUACAACUACGCGCCGAACUGCUGGAGGAGUGGAGGAAGAACAAUCAGAUCGCCAAGAAAGCAAGUGGAUCUUCGAAGAAGCCAAGGAGAAGAAAGAGAGGGAGGAACCGAAGAGCAGCUGGCGGGCGGGGGAGGAGUCUUACGAAGAAGAAAAAGAAGGUAGUGAAGUCUAGUGAUGAGACGGAUUCCGAAGAAACGAUAGAAGACGACUCUUCGGAGGAUGAAGUGACGACGGACUCCGACGAAUCUCGGGAUCAGCGAACCCCCAGAGGGAGGAAAAAGAAGCCAGCGAGCAAACACAAGAAGGGUAGAGCGGUGAAGGGGAAAGGUGCAGUGGGAGGAACACCACCUAAGACGUUUGAGAGGGGUGAGUGCUCCGAGCCGGGGAGGACAGACCCGGGAGGUAACGAAAGGUUCCAUACUACGGAGAUCAGGAAGAACCACGCAGUCGGGGAUGAGGCACGAGGCGAACCAAAGACGCCAUUGACGGGUAGCUACAAGGGGCUGGCAGCUGAAUGCUCCCAGAAAGGCCUCAUCGACUACUGCAUUUCAGCACACAAGAUUUUUUCGGCGAAGAAGGCGGACGUGCUCAGGAAGAUUUGCGAGCAAAAAGGGGUAAAGUACACGACAAAGCCGGAGGUCGUGGAGAUCCUGGCUAGGCAACAGGUUCAGUUGGCAUACGACGGCUUUGAGGAAGACCCGGGGGCGGCGAUGGGAGCAGUGAAGACCAAGGCUUCGGGAUCACCCCGGAAGGGGUUCUCAGAUAUAGGAGUUCCUCGCUUUGUGAGGAACUCGAAGAAUAUCUCUAGACAUGCGAAGGCAGGGGACAGCGACACUAUUAGGCGGGCUAUUGACGAAGGUACAAAGCAUCUGAAGGGUAGCUCGGCUCGACUACGUACGGGAGGAGCUAUUAUGACCGAGAGGAAGACCAGCCCUGCUGCCUUGACGGACGAGCAGGUUAGGGAGUGGGGCAUGCAGUUCGACGGUCUGGUGCUGACACCCGUAGACCGGAACCAGGGGGACACAGCGGUUUUCUGUCCGGUCCUUUACAGGCACGGCUUCGGGAAAAUCUUCGCUUGGAAUUCCAACUAUGUUACCAUUGGCAAGGCAGAAGACGAAGCUGCGAUCUUGAAGACGUCCAGGGAGGAUUUCUUGGCUGGUGGACUUGACUCGAUUGGGAAAUGGAGACCGGAUGGGCGACUGGGCACAACAUACAUGAUCCCGAAACAUAAAGAUCUCGCACGCUGGCGACCCAUCGCGCCGGCCCCAGCGGAUCCAGUUAGCCUGGCAACUAAGAGAACCGCGAGGGCACUACACUGCCUGCUGAUCCGCCUACCUGCUAACAACACCUUCAAUUCGGUGGGCGAUCUGGCGGAACGACUCAACGCGACUACGCAGAGAAUGCGAUCUGCAGGGUGCAACCAAGUGGUCGGGCGAUGCUACGAUAUAAAAGAGAUGUUUUCAAGGAUUCCGCACGAAGCAGUGAUCAAGGCGGCGCAUCAACUAAUGAGAAGGUACGAAGACGACGGCUGCAGGCAGGUAAAAGUCUCACUGAGGGGGAAGCUAUGCGUCAUCAGUCAAAAUAAAAAGAAGACAGAAGGGUACGUGGGGAUCACUCUUAAGAAGAUCAUGGAGGCCAUUCGGUACGAUCUGAUGCAUGCAGUGGUAAAAUGCGGAGACAGGGUGGUUAAGCAAGUGUUCGGCAUCCCGAUGGGCAAGUCGACUAGCACGGUGCUGGCACAAGUAACGUGCGCAAUGGCAGAAUUACAAUUCAUCAAGGGCCUGGGUUCCGACAGGAGCUUGGUGGCGGGUUGGCGUUUGAUGGACGACAUCACAAUUAUCGUAGGAUCGGGAGGUCCACUUCAGCCGGACCACAUCUUUACGGAGUUCGAGGACAUCUACGAUGCUCACCUGGAGAUAGUUAGAAAGGAUGAAUGCGGCCUCACGUGGCCAUUCGUGGGUGGACAGAUGUUCAUCAGCGGACCACCUCUGGGACUGCACUAUGUACCCUGUACCAAGAAUACGGACUCUCUGCACGAGAAGGGAGUGCUGCUUUUCCAGACGAUGCAAGACUAUGACUCCUACUCGACGAAAUGCGUGAAGAAAGGAGUUUUGUUAGCCACCCUGCGAAGACUGUGGGACCAGACCACGAGUAAGCAACUGCUCUUGGGAGCAUUGGCGUUCGCUGUCUGUGAAGCAGACCUCCGGGGUUACCCCCCGGAGGUCUCUCUCAAUGCCUUGGCCAAUUUGGCCAAGGCUGUGCCAGAUAGAGCACUGCACAGCCUGCACGCAGCCCUGUCCUUUUCAGCCAAAUGGGGCAAGGCUGGCCGGCAUCUGCGGGGUCUGGACACACGGGGAACACACGGUGAACACAGAUAAGACUGAGCCUUGUGGAUAUUUUCCUAUAUUUUCCUGUAUUUUAGUUUUAAAUUUUUGUU